GGAGCGCCCGGGCUCGCUGCGCUCUCGCCGCCCCCAUCAUGGCCUCUCGCAGCGCGGGCACCCUCCUGACAGAGCUCAAUGCCGCCUACGUGCCCCCCGGCCUCAUGCCAGGGUACAAAGGCCACGUUCCCAGCGUGGCCUUCUCCUUCGGCUCCCCCUACGGCACUGCCACCCUCAAGUACUUCCAGGACCAGCGCAACGCAGCCCUGGGGAGGAGUUCCACUGACUUCAGCAAAGGCGGCCACUUCCCGACCAUCUUCUCCCCGAACCCCACCCAAGUGCUGAGGGACCGCGCCCUCACCUGGGACCGCUGGCUGCACACCCCCAGCUACAGCCGCUUCAACCUGGACAGCAGCCGCUGGGCCGAGCUCUCCUACUUCUACCAGAUGGCGCAGCAGCAUCGGGAGCAGUAUCAAGACAAGACAGGCUUGGUGCACCGGGUCCCCUACUUCAUGUUGCCCAUAAGGGAGUGGGACCGGUACCCCAUCCCCACCGACUUGCCUCCUCUGAGCCCGAAGGAGAAGUGGCAUCUAUUAAGAGUGGCCCCUGAGAACCUGAGGACCUACCAGACAUUCCCAUCGGGAAAGAGGGUCUCCCCACAGGAGCGGCAGAGGCGGGACUGCUACUUUGAAUUCAGAGCAUGACACCUGAGAGCCGCGGCCCUGACAAGGUUGGCUUUCUGGAAUAAAAUCUUUAGCCAUGAUCA